UCCACAAGCUCUAUCCAAGAUCCAUUAUCAUAAACCACCAACGACACCCUGAACCUCUCAAACCGCCAACCUCCAAACACCACCCCAGUCUUCACGAUGGAGAACGGCGCUAUCUCUCAGGGUGAGGGAAAAGACCCUUCAAGCUUCCUCAGUGACAUCAUCGGCAACCCUGUUACUGUCAAGCUCAACUCUGGCGUUGUCUACAAGGGCGAACUUCAAUCUGUGGAUGGCUACAUGAACAUUGCCCUGGAAAAGACAGCCGAGUAUGUCAAUGGCCAGAAGCGUAGGGAAUACGGUGACGCCUUUGUGAGAGGAAACAAUGUCAUGUAUAUUUCAGCAGACUCAUGAUUGUUCAUGAACAAUGAGAAACGGCUCGGUCUCGACAUGUAGAUUUAUGAUGAAACUAAUCUCUACAUCCUCUUCACUCUGGGCCAUCCAAACGUGACG